ACAACGCUGCGGUUAACAACCCACGUCGCUUAUCAGAGAGCAAUACCAGUCAAGAUAUAACUGAGAAAAUGACAAGCGAGUUGCAAAUUGAGGAGCUGUAUAAUUUUAUAUACCCCCUAGCGGUUCGAGCGGGUGAAAUUCUGCUCGAAGGCUAUAAUAAUGCUGGGAAAUCAGUUGCGCUCAAGUGCAAUGAAUUCUACAAUGUGGUCACCGACUAUGACAACGAAAUUGAGGAAUAUCUUAUUUCCAAUAUACUCGCUACCUAUCCGACACACAAAUUUAUAGGCGAGGAGGAGACCGCUAAGAAUAAUAAUGUGUCCAAGGAGCUUACAGACGCACCCACCUGGAUCAUUGAUCCCAUUGAUGGGACCUCCAACUUUAUCAAACAAAUACCUCACGUAUCUGUUUCCAUUGGACUCUCAAUAAACAAACAAAUUGUGCUUGGUAUUGUGAACAAUCCUGCCCAGAACAAAGUCUAUACGACCAAGUUGGGUCAGGGUGCCUAUUGCAAUGGCAAGCCCAUACACGUGAGCAGCUGUGAGCGCCUCCAGGAUGCCAAUGUAGCCUAUGAGGUGUGUCUACUGCACGCGGCAAAGAUUCGUAAUAAGCACAUUAAGCGGAUCUACUAUGUGGGCUCCCAAGCAAGACGCCUGGUGGGCUAUUCGGCUGUGGUGGAUUCACUCUGUAUGGUUGCCGCUGGCAACCUGGAUGCUUUUCAUAUUGAGGACAUGUAUCCUUGGGAUUGUGCUGCGGGCUAUUUGCUUAUACGCGAAGCCGGCGGUGUUGUGACCCAUCCCUAUGGUGGCGCUUUUGAUAUUAUGAAACCAGAUUUAAUAUGCGCCUCAACGGAGACUUUGCGUCUAGAAAUUGAGCAACUUAUAAGAAAGGCAGACCAAGCAAAGUCUGUCGGGCAGGAGGAAUAGAUUGUAGAAUAAUAAAACUUUUAAUCAGGUAUACAUUAAUUUGUUCUGAUUGACCUAAUAAAAACAAUUUGUAUACAGUGAACAUGGAAUAGCUAAGUAAAUAGACGACCUUCACAUACUUAGAGGAAGAAUUUAAAUGUUUAAAAUUUGUGUUGCAAAUAAAUUAUGGCUUUUUAUACUGAUUUAAUUUGAAAAUGUCUAGUAUAUGUUAUUCAGUACAUUGAUCUCAAGCUAAGGCAUUCGCAUUUAAAA